CACCCUAUUUAUGAGUAAGUGUAAGAAAAAGGCUUCAUUCACUAUACAAACACUGAAGCCUUAGCAUUUCAAAAAGAGUGUCUCCUCCUCCUUGUAAUGGUUCCAAAGCUUGGUGGUGAUGUUGAAGAUGGUGGAACUGGAAUUGGAACUAAGCCUAUUUGAACAACACCUAUUUCUUCCUUCUUCAAAUAUUUACCCUUAACAAAUUCUUGGUAGUUUUUUUUUUUAAGCUAACAGCAAAUGAUGGAGUUUCUUUGGUGCAUACCUUUACUAGCUUAUGCUGGUCCAACCAUUUCAGAGGUUCAAUAGAAAUGAUGUGGUUAUUGAAGCCCUUUUGCCUACUUGCUGUGAAUCAAGAAGCAGAAUAUAUUUCUGUUGAAUGGCUAAGAAUUCCUGAUUAAAUAUUAGCCAUUCUCCCUUGGCACCAAGUAGACCUGAUAGAGUUUUAGGCUUUGUAGUGUGGGCAAAUUUCCUUUGGCAAUCUCGGAAAAGGAAAAUUUCAUUCCUUUCUGCUAUUCAUGUAUGUUUUAAGAUUCCUGUGUACUGGACAAAUCUCCUUUGGCAAAAGUUACUGAAUUUCCUUUGGUUGGAUUCAGGUAGUAAAAGUAUAUGAGAAACAUUUUUUCCUUAUGUUAUAAAAUAUUAUCAUUCAGAAGUAACUAUUGGAACUCCACCUAUUCUGGAGGCAAAUCUCCUUUGGCAUCUUUUAAUUAUCUUCUACUGCUUCAUCUAACACUAGAAAUUUUCCUUCCAUCAAGCUACCCCGUGAAACCGAGAAAAAAAAAGACAGAAAAAUCAUCUCAUAAUUUUAGCUACUAGCUGGUUUAUAUUUGUUGUUUGAAGUGUUUCGUUCUGUGAAAUAUUUCAUUCGCAAUUGGGCAUAUCUCCUUUGGCACUUUGGAGUCCUUGAUUGAUUCCUAUUAUCCUGGCGGGCAAAUCUUCUUUGGCAUCAGAUCUCUGGUUUCAGUAGUUGAGAUAAUCUUCCGGAGAUACUGAAUAUCUGUGACAAAAAAAUUUAAUCAAUCAUAAAUAUAUAUUUGUAUUAUACACAUCUAUCCAUUGAAGCUAUCAUCAGCAUACUUGUUGCGAUCACUGUACAGACACUGCAGUUUGAUACUUCAAUUUGCUUGAGAAGGCAUAUAAUUGAUGGAUGCUAUGAGUAGUGAUUCGGAAUGGGAGACUUCCAGUGACAGCAGCAGUAGUGAGGAUCAAGAAGAAAUUGAUUUUCAAUAUGGUGGUCAAGCUCAGAACAUAUUAUCAAGUUUAGAGGAAAGCAUUGGGAAGAUUGAUGAUUUUCUCUCAUUUGAGAGAACUUUUGUUCAUGGUGAUGUGGUCUGCUCCGUGUCAGAUCCAACUGGACAGAUGGGAAGGGUGACAAGUGUUGAUUUGUUUGUGGACUUGGAGAAUGAGAAAGGAAAGUUACUAAAAAAUGUAAACUCGGACAAACUUUCGAAGAUUCGGUCCAUUUCAGAAGGCGAUUAUGUAACUAAGGGGCCAUGGCUCGGUCGGGCUCAAAGGGUUGUGGACAAAGUUACUGUAUUGUUUGACGAUGGAGCUAAAUCUGACAUCAUUGCCUUAGAAAGAGAAAAGGUUUUACCAUUGACUCGUAAAUUUCCAGAAGAUUCACAGUGUCCAUACUAUCCAGGGCAGAGAGUAAAGGUUAAGUCCUCCAACGCUUCUAAAUCAGCAGGAUGGCUAUGUGGAACUUGGAGAGACAAUCAAGAUGAAGGAACUGUUUGUGCUGUUGAUGCAAGUUUGGUGUGUGUUAACUGGCUCGCUUCUGUUCUUUCGGGUAGCAAUUUGGCUGUGGAUGCUCCACCAGGCUGGCAAGAUUCCAAAAACCUGACCGUGUUGUCGUGCUUUUCAUACACAAACUGGCAGCUUGGUGACUGGUGCAUGGUUGCAGACCAAGAGGAACAGACUGUUCAACAUGCACCCACAGGAAGUCUUACCAUGGAGCAUAGUAUGACAAGAGGGUGUAAGAGUCAGGGAAGAAACCUUAUUAACUCUUGUAUUGGGGAAUUUUUUAUAAUUGGGAAGAUAAAGACCAAAGUUGACAUUUUGUGGCAAAAUGGUGAACAUAGUUUGGGAUUAGAUCCAGAGAGUUUACUCCCGGUGAAUGUUAUAAACACACAUGAAUUUUGGCCUCAUCAGUUUGUGCUGGAAAAAGGUGUUUCUUACGAUCCACUUAAGCCUAGCAGUAAAAGAUGGGGUGUUGUCCAAUGUGUGGAUGCGAAGGAGCAUACUGUAAAGGUACAAUGGAAAACUGUUUCCAUGUCCAAACCGAAUAGUUUGGAUGGAGACAAAAUGGAGGAAACUGUGAGUGCCUACGAACUAGUUGAGCACCCAGAUUACUCCUGUUUUUAUGGUGAUAUUAUGUUCAAGGCGGCUCAAAAACAAUUUGGUUACCAAGCUGAUAAAGAAACAGAAAAGUCGGGUAAUGACAUGAAUGCAGAGGCUGCUCUUAAAAAUGGGAACCAAAUGAAUUAUCAAGAUGACUUCCCUGAUGACUGUUACCUGCGCUGUGUUGGCACUGUUAUUGGUUUCAAAGAUGGUGAUGUGGAGGUGAAAUUGGCUACUGGUUUCACAACCAAGGUUGCGCCUUAUGAAAUUUUUCGGAUCGAUAAACACGAAGGCACAACUGUAACCCCUGCUCCUCAAGAGAUGAUUGAACGCGGAAGUCAACCUUCUGACAAGAAGGGAAAGGACUUGUUAAAUGGUGAUGGUAGAAAAGAGAAUUAUGAACAGAAUCUUGAGUGUAGUUCCUUUUUCCUUCCACGAGUGGCCUUUGAACUUUUCUCCAGUGUUAAAUCCAGCAUAUUCCAAACACUUGGUGGAACUUCCAUUUCAGGAGCAUUUUCCUCAUUGCCUACAUUUGAAAAGGAUAAUGAAUCAGAUUAUCCUGAUAAGAAAGAUUUGGAAACUUGUAAUUUCUGCAUUGAACCACAUCCAACGGAUGAGUUGCAAUCUACUGAAGACAGAACUUCACAUCCAGAAGUUAUUAGGAUCCAUGACAAGAAUGAUUUUUCGCUUUCUUUAGAAAGCAACAAUUCAAACCAGUUUAAGCAGUUUGAUGUUAUAGAAAAUUGUUCUGAGGACCACCAUUUUUUUGAUGAGGGAAGAGGAUUGUCAACAUUGCAGGUAAAAAAAGGUUGGGUGAAAAAGGUUCAGCAAGAAUGGAGCAUCCUUGAGAAAAGUCUUCCUGACUCUAUUUAUGUUCGUGUGUUUGAAGAAAGAAUGGAUCUCAUGCGAGCAGUAAUUGUUGGUGCAUCUGGAACUCCGUAUCAUGACGGGUUGUUCUUCUUUGAUAUAUGUUUCCCUCCAGAGUAUCCUAACGAACCACCAAUGGUGCACUACAAUUCUGGCGGGCUCCGCUUAAAUCCUAAUUUAUAUGAAUCAGGGAAAAUCUGUCUGAGUCUCCUAAAUACUUGGACAGGCGCAGGCUCUGAAGUGUGGAAUCCUGGAACCUCCACUAUUCUUCAAGUUCUUCUCUCACUACAGGCUCUUGUCCUAAAUGAGAAGCCUUACUUUAAUGAGGCUGGAUAUGACCAACAAAUAGGUAGAGCUGAGGGAGAGAAAAAUUCUGUGAGCUAUAAUGAGAAUGCUUUCCUUGUCACAGCCAAAUCGAUGCUGUAUCUACUACGAAAGCCACCAAAGCAUUUUGAGGCACUUGUGGAAGAGCACUUCGAAAAGCGCUCCAAACAUAUACUUUUGGCUUGUAAAGCAUAUCUUGAAGGUGCUUCCAUUGGAUGUGGAAAAACUGAACAUGAAAACCAGAAGGGGACUUCUGCAGGAUUUAAAAUAAUGCUUGCUAAGCUCUUCCCCAAGCUUGCAGAAGCCUUUUGUGAUAAGGGAAUUGAUUCCAGUCAGUUUGUUGAGCUGCAAGAAUAACUUAUCUACUACAUUAAGAGUAACUUUAAUGUUUCCCGACCAAUAUAUUCCAAACUUAUGUGUGAUAUCAAUAUGUUUACAUGUGUCUGUAUCAUAUCAAUUUUAAGCUUGUUGGAACACCAAUCUCUUGAUUUUGCACUUCUAUGAUUAGACGUUGUGGUGUGAUUAUGUAUCAUAUAAAGGCUUGUCCAUGUAACAUGAAAUAAGAGAUACAUUGAUUGGAAUGGUA